AGUCGCGCAGUUCAACCCAUAACCAGCAACAUCAAAGCUCUGCCACGUUUUCAUUCAAUUCCGAAACGACUGAAACGAAACGUGCGACGCCUGCAUAGAAGAUAGAUAAGACCGCUCUCCAAACUCUCUCAAACCUACACCCGACAACCGGCAGCAGCAAGCCCCGGCCACUGGGCUAGAGAAAGGCAUAAAGCAAUCCGCCGACGCCGCACAGCGCUCAUUCGCGCGCCGCUCGUGAACCAUCACAGCAUCCACCGUACAAAAAACUUAUUCAUACACAUUCAGGAUGGCCGGCACGCUGACGAAGUUCUGCAGAACGGGCUGGGGCCAUGCGCGUCUGGCCGUCGCCUCUCAACAACGACAUGCGUCCAGAGUGGUUGCAAAAAAUCCAGUCGUCGAGAUGGACGGCGACGAGAUGACACGUAUUAUUUGGGAAAAGAUCAAAGAACGUUUAAUCUUUCCCUACGUCAAAGUUGAAUGCCUUUAUUAUGAUUUAGGUCUACCUUACAGAGAUUCGACUGAUGAUCAAGUCACAAUUGAUGCAGCGAACGCGAUUCUGAAACACAAUGUCGGAAUUAAAUGCGCCACUAUUACUCCCGAUGAGCAGCGCGUGGAGGAAUUCAAAUUAAAGAAGAUGUGGUUAUCACCGAACGGCACCAUUCGUAACAUUCUCGGUGGUACCGUUUUCCGUGAGCCUAUUCUUUGCAAGAACAUUCCGAAGUUGGUACCUGGCUGGACUAACUCGAUCAUUAUCGGGCGUCAUGCUCAUGGUGAUCAGUACAAGGCGAAGGACUUUGUUGUUGAUAAACCAGGCAAGGUGGAGAUGAUUUUCACCGCUAGUGAUGGUGAAGUGCGCAAGUACGACCUCUUCAACUACAAGGGCGGUGGUGUUGCUAUGGGCAUGUACAAUACUGAUGAGUCCAUUGCUGCUUUUGCGCACUCUUCCUUCCAAGUGGCUCUUGCCAAGGGCUGGCCACUAUAUCUUUCCACUAAGAAUACCAUUCUGAAGAAGUACGAUGGUCGCUUCAAGGAUAUCUUCCAGGAGAUUUACGAAAAAGAUUACAGAAAGCAAUAUAAAGAUAAUAACAUUUGGUAUGAGCAUCGUUUGAUUGAUGAUAUGGUCGCACAGGCCUUAAAGUCUAAUGGCGGUUUUGUGUGGUCUUGUAAGAACUACGACGGUGAUGUCCAGUCAGACAUUGUCGCACAAGGUUACGGUUCAUUAGGUAUGAUGACAUCGGUUUUAAUGUGUCCCGAUGGUAAAACAAUUGAAGCUGAAGCUGCCCAUGGCACUGUUACCAGACAUUACCGUCAACACCAAAAAGGAAACGCUACGUCCACGAACCCCAUUGCUUCAAUCUUUGCGUGGACUCGCGGAUUGGAACACCGUGCUAAGUUGGACAAUACUCCCGACCUAGCAAAAUUCGCUCAAACUUUGGAAAAGGCGUGCGUUGAUUGCGUUGAAGGUGGUCGCAUGACUAAAGAUUUGGCAGCAUCGAUCUACGGUUUAAAGAACGUCAAGGAAAGUCACUAUCUCAACACCGGCGAUUUCCUCGAGGCAAUCGCGGAUCAGCUGGAGAAGACAAUGAAGUCCUGCUAAUUUAAUUAUUUAGCUUAAUUUUGCCUAACGCAUUAUUUUUUUUAUAUGUGAAGAAUGAUUUCGGCAAGGCGAAUUGUUUUGUAAGUGGUUAUUCAAUUAUUGAAAGAAAUGAUGAACAAAAAAUGAAGACAUUUGGAAAGUGAUACAAAUUUUAAUACAAAAAAGAAGAACACGAAUAAAUAUGAAUUUUUAUGAAA